GCGUCCCAAACCCCGGAUUUCAAGAGUGAAACAAUAAAAACAGCCCAUCAUAUUAAUACAAACCUGGAACGAGAGUUUAAGCGCUCCCAACUCAAGCACUUGUAACUCUUUACCAAAGACAUGGUGAUGGAGAAGCCAAGCCCGCUGCUCGUCGGGCGGGAGUUUGUGAGGCAGUAUUACACACUCUUAAACAAGGCACCCGAUUUCCUGCACAGGUUCUACGGCAAGAACUCGUCCUACGUACACGGCGGACUGGACGGCAGCGGGAAGCUAGAAGAGGCCGUGUACGGGCAAGCUGAGAUCCACAAAAAGGUCAUGUCUCUGCAGUUCAGCGAGUGCCACACCAAGAUCCGGCACGUGGACGCCCACGCCACCCUAAGCGACUGCGUGGUGGUGCAGGUGAUGGGCGAGAUCUCCAACGGCGGUCGGCCCAUGAGGAGGUUCAUGCAGACGUUCGUGCUGGCUCCAGAGGGCUCUGUGGCGAACAAGUUCUACGUCCAUAAUGACAUUUUCCGCUACGAGGACGAGGUCUUCGGUGAUUCUGAGACGGAGCUUGACGAAGAAUCAGAAGAGGAAGCUGAAGAGGAGCAUGUGGAGAGGCAGCCCUCCCCUCAGCCCCUGCAGGACAGUCCCAUCAGCACCCCCUGCUAUGACCCACACCCUGCCAGCAACGGUGUUGAGGAGCUGCUGGAGGAGGAUGUUCCAGAGCCACUGCCUGAACUGGAACCAGAGCUGACGAACGAGGAAGCAGCGCCCGAAGCGAGAGCGGAGGAGAAGGUCCCGGAAGAACCGGAGGACACGGUGGCCCCUGUACCGGCUGAGCCCGCCCCAGUCACACCAGAGCCACUCAAGCCUUCCUCCUGGGCUUCAGUGACCAGUAAGAAUCUUCCUGCUGGGAUCCCUCCCCAUGUCGUUAAGGCUCCGAGCUCACAGCUCCGAGGGGAGGCGAAACGGGAGGCUCCGCCCCUGCGCGGCCGAGACCAGCGGUCCAGGCCGGGGUUUUCUCCGCGGGGUUCCCGACCUGACGGCGCGUCGCCUUCAGAAGCCGGAAAACCUCAGUUCAGCGUCACGGGCAAAGGUUCGGAAGCAGGCGACCCGGACGGCAGGAGGAUGGUGAGGCAUCCCGACAGCCACCAGCUGUUUGUGGGGAACCUGCCUCACGACAUCGACGAGACCGAACUCAAGGACUUCUUCAUGACGUUUGGAAAUGUCGUCGAGCUGCGAAUAAACACAAAGCCGGUGGUUGGGAGGCUUCCCAACUUUGGAUUCGUGGUGUUUGAUCAGUCGGACCCAGUGCAGAGAAUCCUGGAUUCCAAGCCACUAAUGUUCCACGGGGAGGUGCGGCUGAACGUGGAGGAGAAGAAGGCGCGGGUCGUGCGAGAGAGGGAAACCCGGUUCGGGGAUGAGCGGCGCGACGUGCGCCGUGGCGACCGGGCCUUCGGGGGCCCGCGGGGCCCUGUGGGAAGUGGCGCGCGGGACGGGAGGGCCCCCUCCACGCGGGGCGGGGUGGCUCUGAAGCCCGAGGGCCGUUUCGCUGGACAGCGUCGCUGACAGCGCCACCUGCAGUUUGGGAGGACUACAGUACACUAUUUGUCCUCUUAAAAUCUGCCUGUGUCAAUGGAUUUUUUUUUUUUUUUUUUCUUUUGGUUUUUGGAAUGCGACAUGACCUGUCAACCAUUUUUCAGUUGUGAUGCAGGGGAAACUAACAGAGCACUUUUGUUUUUUCAGCUUCGAGCUGAUACUCCUUUACUGGUUUUUCAAGAGCUUGCUUAUAUCUCAUUUGUAAUUUAACUAAAUGGACCAAGAAGGAACUUUCGCAUCUGUGUUGGAGAGACACAGCAGUAACAGGCUAAUCACUGGUUACAUGGCCUGUGGUUUGAUGAAGAGAUUAAAUGUACAACCUGAAGAUCCUGAGGGGCUAUUUUCAGAAUCCCUCACAUUUGCACAUUUUCUGUCAUUUCUGCCCAGUGCUGUCGGAAUCAGAAGGUGCAAAUUUUGUGCAACUGGGUGAGGAAAAAAAAAAAAAACUUCCCCUAUAAGAACAUUGCUUGAAACGAAUCGCAUUAUUGCACUUAUCAAUAUGCACUAACAGGUACUUUUUUUUCUUCUUAUUACGUCGAUAUGGCUGAGAUCAGUCUUCACGCUAUAUCUAGUAGGUUUGGAGGAAGCCGUGUCCUUGAUCCUUGAUUGUUUCAGUUUAUGAUGGGAAAAUAACUGAGAGCAUAUUUUCCCUUAAAUAAUGAGAAAUCCUAAACGUUAGAUGAUUGAAGAUGACUGACUCCAUCCAUCCAGGCUUACAUGUGGAGCAAAAGCCUUCAACUACUUUUUCGCCUCUUGACAAAAGCAUUAUGGUGCCUUAAGUUGUGUGUUUGUCUGUGUGUGUGCGUGUGUGUGUAUGUGGCGCUAAGCAGCUUUCAGAUGCUUUUGAGAGGUUUUUUGAGAAAUUAGAUUUUUGCUUUCAUUUGAGUUUAAUUUGCUAAGGCUGUUUCUUCGAAUGAUUUCAAAAUGGUGACUGAACUACACAGCUUGGCGUUGACAGGGAAUGGUGCUCGUUGGCGCAAACACAGGCUGUCCCAAGAGAAUUAAAGAAUGUAAACACUAUGUCCUGUUGACUUCGGUCACAAUAAAGCCGUUGAUUUGUCAGCCAGGUACAGCUUUACCAGCAGCUCAUAGGUCAAUCUGACAACCAAUAAACAAGGAUGGAAUUGCCUAAAUUGCAGAUGUAGCAGAAUAUUUAUCACCUUGUGAACAUAAUCCUCUAGGGACUGCUUGUGAACUCUGAACCUGCAAAGAAUACUUAACUGUGUGGCAUUGGUGUUGAGUCACUGUUUUCUGUGGAUUUCAGAGUUGUGUACAGCAGAGCUCUUUCCGUUCCAGGCCGUUAGCCUUUCUCUGUGGCAGUGUUUGCUAUGCUGGGAAACUUUUGGCCGUCUGCUGAUGGGACAGCGUUGUCUGAACCCUGUGCUUUUCAGCUCAUGAUGAGUAACCGGUACUUGUCGAGUUGUUGUUUACACUCAUCUUCUGCUGUUAUCACUUGGUAGGCAUGAACUGUUCUCCUUGUGUCUGGAACACGUCCUUGCUUAAAAAUUUCCUGUUUUCAAAGAGGGGACCUGACCAAAUACCCGAAGUCAAAGCACCCCCCCUCCUUGACUGACUCUACCUUCCACUUCCUGUGUUACCGUAUCCUUCCCUGUGUACUUCCUGUGGUACACCUUGUCAUUUCUUUCUCCUAAAAUACGGGGGGAAAUGUCACCUGUCUUUCUUGAAGCGUAUUCUACACUUAACUUUGAACUGAAUGGAAAUUGAAUUCCAUUUUUCAUUUUUGAGUAAUAAUUCCGGCGGUGUUAUGAACCUUCCCUCUCAGCACUCUUUCAUUUCCUAAGUGUGCAAGUGCAUCAACACUGCCACUGAACACUGUGAUGAUGGGUUUUUUUUUUUUUUCCUGAUUCCCUCAAGAAAAUACACUUUGUUUUGUGUUAAGACUAAGGCCUGUACAAAUUGAUUGGUGGUUCAUAAAUGUGGUCCAUUGUACAGCGUUUACUUGAGAAAUUGUAAUGUGUGAGCAACUGUUCCCAUUAACAUAAAUUGCCAUUUAAUAAACAGUUCAUAAGAAAUUGUAA